AACCAAUGAAAACUUAGCUUAUUUGAAUAGAGUCAGAAGAGGAUUGGAUUGUCCAAUGAACGGAGUUGUUAUGAUUUGUCAGCAUUUUUCCCGCGCUUGCAACGCGUGCGACUGGCGAAACGUUUACGAUGGGCGAAACUUUGAUAGAAGAGGUCCAAUGUUCAAGAGAGAGAAUAGAGAGACAAAUAAUUGUUCACCAGCUUACACCUCCGCUCCCAACACACUUGAAGCUUCUUUUGGCAUCAACAAUUUUUUUAGUAACACUCGUCCUCGGGACUAUAGUUUAUUUUAUUUACGCUAAAUAUGCAAACGAAUGACACCGGCGAGAACUACGGACCUCUAGGUACAGGUGUCUGUUCACAGGUUUCUGAUCAAGCUGUACGAAGCGAGACAGACUUUGUCCCAAACCAGCUGGAUGCCAAAGAAGAUUCGUGUAGCACCACACAAACCUACAGUAAUAACACCGGAUCACCACCACCACUGUGGCAUGACAUUACCUUGAACAAUAAUGGCCGAAGUGACACAAGUGAUAGCAGUGGGUGUCCUGACACAUACGAAAACAUGACAACUAGGAUGGGAGAGAUUGAGAAGACCCUGGCAUCCAUUAAGGACACAGUAACAACAGCAAGUGUACGUUGCCAUCUGUUAAAUGUUGAUGUAGUCACCAUGUUCAGUCCAGAAAUGGUGGACACCCUAAGCAACGCUGUAGAACAAUGUGAAAGCUGUAUAAAAACAAUGGAAACUUCAUCACCAGAGGAUUGCUGACGAGAUCACAGCUGAUCAAAGGCAUGCUUCAGUAGACUUAAAUAUUAUAUUGAGCAAUCUAAUUUAGUACUGAGGGUAUUAUGUUCUACAGAAGUUCUAUUAUAGAAGCUUUUGUUCAAAGAACAGACAAGUAUAACAAGUGUUUUUUUUUUCCUUACAAUAGGAUAUCGCAUUCUUUCAAUAUAAACUGAGAAAACAUAUUUAUUGGAUAAGAAUUUGGCAAUGGGAUAUUAUUAUUAUUAUUUUUAAAUGAUUUUAUAACAUUGUAUGAUCUUUGAUAAACUAGGCGGGCAGCUGUUUCCACUUCUAGCCUUCUUGCUAGCAAAAUAGGAUUUACAGUGAACUGUUUCAAUCUAAAAUGGAGGCUAUUUUACUUUUAGUUCUUAACUCCAAGAGGAAGAAUUAGUACCUUCCUUAUAUAAAUUUACAGACUUCAAGCAAUUUUUGUUCAAUUAUCUAGUGGAUGCUUGUAUUGCUAAAUCUCUGAUUACUAAAAAUCCUCUGACACUUUUUAGAAUGCACACGCAUGCAUGAGAUGAAAUAUCAGAUUUGUACACUUUUAUUCCAUUUUUAAUAAAUAACACAUGUUUUAUAUACACCAAUAUCUACAGUCUCGUUUUAAAAUAGAAAAAUAUGGUUCACAUAUAUUAUACCACCUCUAUAGUGAACAACAAAUACCAGUAAUAAAAGGGGAAUUCUGACUUGUAAAGCCCACAACACUAAUACUCCAAUAAGUAGCCACUGCCACAUAAUAAAAAGAUUGUCAUCUAAAAAGCAUUCCUAGUAAGAUAAUACAUGAAAUAUCAUUAAUUCAUUAAAACAUUUGUAAAUCUAGUUUUCAAAUUGAAAACAUUACUCCUAGCAGAACCCAGCCACAAGCUCUUUGGCGGAACAGUGAAUGCUCAGGACUACACAGAGUCACAGUCCUUUGUACCUCUUACAAUACAAGUCCCUAUUUUGACACUCCACAGUAAUAACCCACGUAUGCCUGCUUAAAAAAA